AUGUCAAAUUCAGCUGCACAGCUCAUGAAACGGGUACUGAUGGUACCGCCGAAGCACUUUACUGUUGAGUACAAUAUCAAUCCAUGGAUGGGAGGAGUAGUGAACAAACCAAAAGCGUUUGAGCAAUGGAAUUCGUUGAAAUCGGCUAUCGAGAAGGAGGGCGUAGAGGUUCUCACGAUGGAGCAGACGCCUGGUCUUCCCGAUCAGGUCUUUGUCUGCAAUUCUGGUCUAGUCUACAACAACAAAGUCUACCUUAGUAGAUUCCGACAUAAAGAAAGAACAGGAGAACAAGCGCACUAUUUGAAGUGGUUCAAAUCAUACGGGCUUCAAACGCUGGGUGAAGACUAUCCGGAAUUCUUCGAAGGUGGCGGUGACGCUGUAUUUUCGGACCCGAAAACACUUUGGGCAGGAUUUGGCCAGCGAUCGGCAAGAGGGGUAUACGAACGAAUCAAGGCUUUGGGAGAAUUUGACAUCGUCAUCUGCGAACUGAUUCAUCCAAACUUCUAUCAUCUGGACACCUGUUUUGCUCCGGUUGAUGAAACAACUGCCUUAUGGUAUCCGCCGGCUUUCUCGGAAAAUACCAAGAAGGAGAUAAUGCGGCGUCUGCCGGAUUCCAUUGCCAUUUCCGAUCAGGAAGCAAAUUCUUUUGUCUGCAAUGCGAUUACUGUACGGAAUACGGUAUUGUCUCCAACUGGCAUGCAAAAACCGACACGAGAAGCUUUGGCUCGUCGCAAGAAAGCUGUCACCGACAUAGACAUGAGCGAAUUCAUGAAGAAGCGGUGGAGCUUGCCAAUGUCUUGUACUUCGAUUAUAACAUCAUUUCAGACAUUUCGUGGCACUUCAUAA